AUGUCUCUCUUGCCACUACACGUAGUUGUCCUGCUAGUGUUGACGUUGGGCUACACUGAUGGGCUCGACAACGGAGUUGCUCUCACUCCACCGCUGGGUUGGGACACUUGGUGUACGCAGGGACCCUGUGGACGUGACUGGUGCUCAUCUGAGGAGGUCACGAGUGCCACAGACUCUAUUGUUGCAAACGGAAUGAAAACUGCAGGCUACCAAUAUGUGAUCAUCAGUGACUGCUGGGCUGACCAUCGGGACACCACUGGUACUCUUGUAGCUGAUAUAUCUCGAUUUCCAAACGGAAUCAAGCCUGUCUGUGAUUAUGUACACUCGAAGGAACUCAAGUGUGGCAUCUAUACUGAUCUCGGUGAGUACACCUGCAGCACAGGUGGACGCUCACACAAAAUACCCGGCAGUUAUGGACACUAUGAGCAGGAUGCACAUACGUUUGCUAGCUGGGGCAUCGAUUUUGUAAAAGCAGACUUUUGUAACACACCAAGUAAUGACAAGGAUCCUCAUCAACUGUACAAAGAAUUCUCCGACGCAUUGAACAAGACAGGAAGACCGAUAUUGUUCAAUGCAUGUGAGUGGGGACUCGACGAUCCUUGGAAAUUUAUGGGAAAAAUUGCUAAUACUUGGCGUACUGGGCCAGAUCACCACGAUGAAUGGUCUAGUACUGCACCCAUUAUUGAGCACAAUGCAAAUCUGUGGACAUAUGCAGACCCUGGAGCUUGGAAUGAUGCCGACUUUCUGAUGACUGGUGGACAAGGUUGUGCCGAUUUUGCUGUUGGUCAUCGAUGUCCUGGUCAGACAGACGACGAGUAUCAAACUUCGUUCAGUCUCUGGUGCAUUAUGGCAUCUCAAAUAGUCAUUGCCACUGACGUUCGGAAUAUGAGCGAUACACAGAAAAGAAUUUUGCUGAAUGAAGAAAUGCUGGCCGUUCAUCAAGACAAACUGGCACGAGCUGGUGGUCGCGUGGGAUUUGGUAAUUGUAGUGAAGGACCGAAUGUGUGUCAGAUUUGGUUAAGAAACGUCACGGAUGGGGUUGUUAUUGCGACAUAUAACUCUGGCAAACAAGCACACAAUAUCACCUUUAAUGCAACUCGUGUAGCUAACUUAAAUGUGUCCGCCAUGAAGAUCAGAGAUUUAUGGCUCCAUACUGAUCUUGGUUCAUUUAAUGGAUCAUUUACAGCAAAGGCUGUUCCUCCCCAUGGAACUAAAGUGUACAAGUUAACAAAGGCCUAAUUCAAGCAAUGGCACAACACACCAACAAACUGUUCAGUGUUUGUAAUGUUUUGCCAUUUUCAUAUACCAGUAUCUAACUUCAGUGUUACUGCCGCUGUUGUUCUUCUAUUUUUGUAAAAUAGAAAAACUGCAUAUUUGGUUUCAUUGAUUUGAGUUCGAAUUGAUAUAAUCAAAUACGACUCAU